GAUUUCCGCUUCCUGUCUCGCUCCCGCCCGCCUCUGCCAGCGAUCCGUGAGUGAUAAGAGUCCGGAGCGUUCCUGACCAUCUUGGCGAGAUGUCUGAAGGCUGGGAGGCCUGGCCGAUCCUCGGUCCGGGAUGGAAACGCAGGGCAGCCACGCGGAAAUCGGGAGCCUCGUGCGGACACACGGACACUUAUUACCAAAGUCCCACAGGAAUGCGCAUCCGGAGUAAGAUUGAAUUGGCCAAGUUUUUAGGGGACGAGGUGGACUUGUCGUUUUUUGACUUUAAGAGCGGAGCCAUAAUCUCGCACGCAGAGAGGAAUAAGCCUAAGAGGCCAAGUUUACCAUCAGAACCUGCAGUCCAACACGAACCCAAAAAACCACGAGUCUCUAUGCCUCUGUCCACGAGCCUGGAGCCCCCGGACAAUAACAAUACAGAGGAGAAGCUGGUUGUCCUCUGCCAGGGCUGUAAAGUGUGGUUUGCUGGAGUGGAGUUUGGGAAGUCGAAGCGGACGAUGUGGUACUGCGCCGACUGCAGAGCUUACAGACGAGCUUUCAACAGAGAACAGAAGUAUCUCAAAAGCGUAGGCUGCGGAUCCUGUGCUGCCUGCAAGGUCCCCGAGAACUGUGGUUAUUGCACCGUUUGUCUGCUGCGCUCCCACAACCCGGAGUUCGGCAGUUCGUGGAAGUGCGUGAGGAGGCGCUGCCUGCAGGAUCUCCGCAAGGUUGGUGACUGCGGAACCUGCGAGGGUUGCUGCUCCACGACUAACUGCGGCGACUGCUCCGCCUGCAUCGAGCUGGUCCAGAACCCCGGCCAGCAGAACAAAAAGACAUGUUUGAAGCGGAUAUGCAGGAGCAACCAAGAGAAGAUAAUUAUCCAGCCGUCGGACCUGAAAAGCUUUGGCACUAAGAAGAUGACGGUAUUCUCUGUCUUUGACCAGAAACAGUCUUUGGUUACCAAAGAGAAGCCACCGCAGGAAAAGGAAGCUCCGCGGAGCCAGCGACACGCUGGCCGCCGCCAGAACCGGAGGUGCGGGGAGUGUGAGGCCUGCCUGCAGAAGGUGGACUGUGGCAGGUGUGACUUCUGCCGGGACAAGCCGAAAUUUGGUGGCCGUAAUUUAAAACGGCAGAAGUGCCGCUGGCGCCAGUGCCUGCUUUUUGCCAUGGAGAAGAAUAUCGCUCCCUUCCUCAAGUCUUCCAAACAACCCGCGUUGCUGGAAAAUCUGAAGCAGGAGGCAGCAGAGACGGCAGCUCAGAGUCAGGACCAGGACGAGUCUCACCAAAUACCGCUCCUUAAACAGGAUACAUCUGUAGACGGGCUCCAAGGCAGUUGUGCGGGAGAAGCGGUAACAUCCCAAAUUGUAAAAGAAGAAGAAGACGACGACGAGGACAAGGAGGGAUACAGCAUCACGUAUGUGGUGGAGGAGGACGAGGAGCCGCUGAACCUGCAUCGCUCUGUGAAGGAAGAGGAGUUGGUCUCUGAGGAUGAUGAUGACGAUGAUGAAAGCACUCCCGUGAUCACAGAGAUCUUCAGCCUGGGCGCCUAUCAGGCCAUGAGCGGCUUAGACCGAGUCCUGCAGGAGUUUAUGACCGAACUGAUUGAGAUUCCUUUACCGGCACACUGGGAGUUGCUGCCGGCCACCGGCCCCAACAUCCAGCUGGUGCAGCGGUCCCAGCAAUCCACGAUGGCGGACACCGUUAUUCACAUUCAGCCCGGACUCCAUUUCUUUGUGACUGUAAAGGGCCGCCCUCUCCCCUCCGUUCAUAAUCUGUACUCUGUACACCCGAGCCGCCUCACCACGGUGGACGACGUAGUGGAGCUUAUUUGUGACCUGGAAGCUUAUCGUCCUUGUCCAGGAGUCCCCAAGCAAGGCCUGCUCUCCGCGGCGUGCCACGUGCUGGUGUACGAGGGCCCGUGCCCGGAAUGCUGCAAAAUCCCGUGGCCUUCAGGCAGUGACCUGUGACUGGGCAGAGAGGGUUGAGCCUGCGCUCAGGGACACGGAACUGGGGAUUCUGGUCUGCUUGUGAGAUCGGUGGCUGAGGAGAGCAUCAGAGGGAAGAAGCCAUGAUGUCUGGGGAGUGACCGAGGCUCUGCGUGGAGGAUUGUCGGCCAUGUCUGUGGUGGGCUAAUGGCCUUUAUUACAAGCCACGUUCUGGUUUGGGGACCCAAGCAGUUUUCUGCGAGACCUCCAUUCGGAUUUUAGUUGGGGGGGGGGUGAGAAUGUUAUGGAUGUAAACGCCUCACGGAUUUCAUUGCUUUGAUGUGAUACUCAGGGGAGCAGAGGACGCCGGCGCGCACCAAGAGGAUCGCAAGACGCCACGCUGCAGCUUCUACGAAAGGGACCAAUUAAAAGCCAUGUUGUGCUGAAUGAUACGGGUGCGAUUGUCUAAGCCGAGCUGCUUGUGUUGUGUGUAAUGGCCGACAGGGUGGAGAGGCUCAGGGGGCCACGUAGCCCUAACUCUGUAUAAUGAACAACUCCUGGGUCUCCGUUUCCAGGCUGUUUGUGGCGAUGUGUUUGGAGUCGAGUGCGGUUUGCGUGUAUUUGGCCGCCAUGUUGGCUGCUGGAAGGGAGGGACUGGAUGGGUGAGAGGGCACCGUUAGGCCAGCCGGCGUAUCUGUGCGUCUGGACUCGUAGUUUUUGACGGGUCGGCUCACAAUUCACACUUCUGUUUAUUUUUGUGGGUUUUUUUUACACUGGAAGUAACUGAGGCUGGGCCGCAGGAUGUAAAGUUUAUCGAAAUGUUUAAAAAAAUCCCAUAGAAUCUUCAGGUUCCGCUUUGGUUUUAUUUUCUUAUUUCCCGUUAACGCCGAGCAGCCGCCCGUGCCGAUAUUUCUCGACUCGUGUCCGUAGUCUUCCUCUCGGCCUUCGCUCUGUGGGGGUGGAAGCUGCCGCCUCGUGCCUGCGCAGUACCUGCUGCUGCCGUUCUUUCCCUUUAACUCUCCGUGGAGAGUGGCUGCUUUUUAAAUAAAGAAAGAGUUCUGCAUUUUC